CAACCGCCAUUAAACCAAAGAAGAAGAAGAAGAAGAAGGACAUGCGUCGACCGGCGGGUGACGUCAUGCUGCUCGGUGGGGUUGUCACACUCACACACGGAGGUGUUAUUAUGCGUGUGUGUGUGUGAAAGUUCCUGCGUGGGAUUAUGUCUGCCGGAAGACCAGCUCUACAUGAACAACCUCGUCGAGGAGAUUUCCCCGCGGCGUCUUUACAGAACCACAGAAGGAUGACAGGACCAGACCCUCAGAGUGACUCCAGCAUGAGGCGACCACACGAGGACACCACCAUGAGCAGAGAGACCGGGGCCAUGGCCAGGGAGACCGGGGCCAUGGUGGCCAGGGAGACCGGCGUCAUGGCCAGGGAGACCGGCGCCAUGAGCAGGGAGACCGGCACCAUGGCCAGGGAGAGCGGCGCCAUGGCCAGGGAGAGCGGCGCCAUGGCCAGGGAGAGCGGCGCCAUGAGCAGGGAGACCGGCACCAUGGCCAGGGAGAGCGGCGCCAUGACCAGGGAGAGCGGCGCCAUGGCCAGGGAGACCGGCGCCAUGAGCAGGGAGACCGGUGCCAUGGCCAGGGAGACCGGCGUCAUGACCAGGGAGAGCGGCGCCAUGACCAGGGAGAGCGGCGCCAUGGCCAGGGAGACCGGCGUCAUGACCAGGGACACUCCCCUGGAUGACUGUGUGCGAAUGGGCACUCUGUUUGGGAUGUCCAACAAGUGUCUGCGGGGGAUGGGCUUCAGCCAGAUGUACUUUGGGGACAAGAUCGUGGAGCCAGUGGUCAUCGUCUUCUUCUGGCUCCUGCUGUGGUUCCUGGGCAUCCAGGCCCUGGGACUGGUGGGGACUCUAUGCAUCAUUGUCAUCUACAUCCAGGACUAACGAGAGCUGCAUGGAUCCUUGGUCCAGGAACAUUCAGGACAAUGCAAGACCAAAGUCUGUGAUGUUUGAGAAUCAUGUUCCAUCAGAAAGGAGAGAAUUGGUGAAAUGUUUGGAACUUUUUAUGUUUCAAACUACUUAAGCAGAAGUAUCAACAGUGAAUGUCAUCAAAUAUUUUUAAAAUACUGUAAUUUUUGUAAUAAAGUAGCAUGAUGUUGGAGAUCACUGUCCAUGGAAGAGUAUACAUGUGUGUGAGUACUGGAGAGUAAGUGUACUGUGUACUUGGUUCCUGAGGGCACAGUGUCCCACAUCCACUUCCUGGAAAUGACACGAUAGUACCUGCUCUAAUUGUUUACCACUUACAGCCAUUGCUUGUUCCCCAGCCAUUAUUGCAAGUUAGUGCACCCUCUUUCCUGACUAUGAAGGGUGAUGAUCACAG